AUGCCUUUGCUUGCGGAGCGUCCGCGCUCAUCGCAAGAGGCGCUCCUCCGCCUUGAAAAAGGCAACGCCUCCCCGCGUACCCAACUCUACGAUGCGGCACAGAUCCUUGGACUGGACUUGGACUUGUGUGCAAGCCAUCCAAAGGUACACCGAGAUGUUCAGGUCCAAAGCAAUGCCACUCCGAAGGACGAGUGGGUGCUCCGAUGGCUACUAAAGAGGCUGCGCAGCGGGAAGAACUACCGCAUGGACCCGGCCUCGUAUUUACUGCUCAGACAGCUGAUUGACUCGGUAUCCCCAAAGAGUCUUGCUGCGAUCCUGAAGGAUCACAAGUUCUUGUCCAUCUUAUGUGACACGGUUGCGGGCUUAGAGGCCGAUAUCUUUGCCAGCAUGAACAAUAGGGUAACGGCCUUUAGUUCUGACUCAGACUCGAGCUUCACGAUGGCUGGCUCCCCACCUAAUAAUCGCCGAGGAAGUCAAGGAACCAAGAGAAAGAGGGUGGGGGCUGAAGCUGAUGCCGAUAUCAUGGAUCUGGAUGAUCAACCACAGGACCCCGCGUCGUGUUUCCUCGCAUUUGUCCGCACAUUGGAUUGUCUCCACGGUUUUGGAACGCUUGUCCAGCUCACCAACGAGCAAGAUGCUGUUGCGAAUUCCCAUCUAAAGCUGGCGUUGACGGGCGAACCGGAAGUGAUGGCCAUGUUGCUAGGCAGAUCCUUCCGGGUGGCUGCCGUGGCGGUCAUGCAGUUUUCGCAUGCAGGCAAGACGACUGAUCUUCAGCAUCUACUGUAUGUGUUGCCCGCAGUUUUGGAAUUGUGGGAAAUGAGAUCCCGCCGCCAAGACAAUACGGAUAACAAAUCAAGCAAUGACGCUUUUUCGAAAUCUUGCUUCGCUCAUGCACUCCGGCUUCAAAUUUGCCUGCGGUCUACCAAGCUUGAUACUGAUGAAAGGGCCCGCCUGAUUCAGGCGGUCGAGCGUAUCAUUGCCCUUCAUGUUUUAAUACCGGCGCGUGCAGCCUUCUUCGACCGCGGGGGCACUGGUAUUGAUUAUUCCAAAGACGAGCCAGAUUGGAGUGCAGUCAAACCAAUCACAGAUACGUUUCGGUCGAUCGUCCGUGAAUUACCCGUGGCCAAUAGCUCGCUGGGCAAGGCACAGGGAGAAUCUUACGGCCGCCAAUGGAGGUCGGUCGAGCUUCUUCCUGAGCUUUUCGACAACGCCGUCCGUGCCGUUCCUCGAGAUACGUUCAGAAUGCAAACGCAUGAAGCCCCGUGGCUGGAGACUCUUUUUGUUGCCGUUGCAGAGAUUGCUUUCUCCACUGCCAAGGAGGAAGACAUCGCCACCUCUUCUUCCAAAUUUGUCUUAGUCUUAGAAAAGCUCCUUCGGGUAGCUCUUGACCGGAAUGUUGGCCUCACCUUACAUACUAUUCUCGCCCAUGCUGCCUACACGGGUCUCCUCGAGCAAGGCUUGGAGCAUGUUCAAUGGAAUAUAACGGCUCUGGUGAUCAGUCUCGGCGUCGAUAUAUUUCUGCCCAAUUCAGGGCUGCGCGAUUCACCUGGACUUUUGGAGGCACUUCUUGACAAAAUCAUGCUGCAAUGGCGCAGUGGUGUUUUCAAAACACUAGGAAGAUAUGACACGAUCAAGAAUGACAUUGUGCUUCCGCUUCUACGAGGAUUUGCAGCGGCGAGGGACUUGCCUGCUUUCAUGGAACUGUGGUACAAUCAACUUGUCAUCGUCGAAGUGGCCCGUGCUCGAAACAGCAACUUCGAUUCAUUUUCGGUCUGGGAAGAUGAUGACUUGUGUGACACUUACUGUGAGCUGAUGCGAACUUCCCUCAGCGAUUCGCAUUUUGCAGAGCAAAUGCAUACAACCGUCACUGAGACUCGGGCUGCAAAUGACAAGAUUUCCGAAGCCCCAGAAUCCUACGCAAAAUUUGUCAUUAUGGAGGCUAGCUUCCGAGGUCGGGUGUUGACUUUCGUCGACGCGGACAAGAUUUUAAGUUACUUCCUAGAGACCUUGACUGCUACGCUUUCUUCAAGGCAGACUCUACACUGGCGAUGGCGCCUGUGGCGGUUUGUCCGGAAUUUCUUGGAAAAUAACCCACACUCGGUUGACAACAGCUUGGUUCAUGCCAUCAUGGCGUUGCUCGAAGUCGCCGCGAAGACGGUUCAUCGUAACCACAAGGAUUUGAAAAAAGCGCCACUUGCUGCGCUGGAAUCAUGGGAGGCGUACCGGUUCGCUUUGAUCGCUGUCAAGGGAAACCUCAACGAGGACCAUCUGAGCGCAUUCCAAACCCUCACGGAAGAAAUUACUGGAUUCGUUGCAUCGAUUUCGCCUGAUGAUGCUCAGCAAUCGAUGAAGGCGCCCUGGGACGGCCGGAUAGAUACACUGACCUCCCCAGCCACUCUUGCAUUGGCGUAUUUUCUGGCACUCGUCAAAACACCAGAGGUCUGGGAACGGUAUCGAUCAUCUUCGUUACCUCUGGAGGCUGUUGCCGACGACGCAAGGUUUCUUCAGGCUUGGGCAAGCGUGGUUUCCCAUGAAUACCUACUCAACUCUCCUUUGAUUGUCUCUGAUCUGGCACUUCUUCUUAAUCAGAGUAUCGAGCACGACUCGGUCAAUCGUCGACUGCAUGUUGAAAGUCUACAGAGAGUCCCCGCCGCGCUGAUCACUCGCGGGCUGAGGUCCACUCUCUUGGACAGCUUGCAUCACGUUCUGCUCCAGCAAGAUAGCACUGCCGAAGCGACCAUUGGGUUACUCACAAUGAUGGCUAAAUUGGCGGCUAUGCCCAAGUCCGACGCCACGGUGACCAACGAUUGGGAGCCCAUCUGGACUACCGCCCGUGCUGUGUCUUUGGAUGGCACCGAUCUUGAUCUCCAGAUCAUGAAGUCGUUUCGGAGCUUGUACCGUGCAAUCUUGGCCAAGCUACUGGUUUUGUCAGAAAAUGACCGGAACCAGCUAUUCAAGCGCCUUUUUGACAGGGUUUCGAAACAAGCUUCCAAACUGAGACAGAUUGACCGUGACUCCAUGGCGUGUUUCUUGUUGCGAUUAUCUAUGUCGGAACUCUGGGUACAUCGCAAACAACUGCGACCAGCUUUCUCAGAAAAUGAGCUAGCGACUUGUCGGAAACGGGUGUUUGGCCUUGUCCUGGCAGAUAUGAAAUCCGUCAAGGACCAAUGCCGAAAGCAAAAGCUAGAGGAAACAAUCACCCUGAUAAAGACCAUCGAUGCUCUCGAAGACUUUGAAGAUCUGGCCACAAACAACAUCGAGGUGGAGAAAUUCUUGUCCAAAAUCGAGCACUACAUGGAGAUGUCGAUUGACUCAGGCCCAUCGCGACUGAUUCGGCGCCGUCUUCUUGCUAGCAAGGGACCCGAGAGAGCCAUCACUCAACCGGUACUGCAGUGCGCUGAGACUCUCACCCUCGAAUCGCUCUAUGCCGAGGACCAGCAACUCUUCAUACGAGCGACGACCGAGCGUUUUCGCUCCAUGUCUGUGGAAAGGAUCACCCAAGUUAUUCGAGAAAUUCGGGGGCUUAGUCUUUCCGGCAACAAGGCUGGAUACCGACUGCUGGUUCUCUAUCUGGCCAUAGCCUCGCUCCCUUCAGUCGAGGACAAAGAAAGCGCCGUGGCACAAGAGCUCUCCCUGCUCUGCACAGCACUGGCGAGGGCACUCUUACACAGCACCUCGGUGGACCAGUUUUCUUUUGCGGCGGAAUGCCUGGACCUGCUCCUGCGCACGCACACGCGCAGUCUAACCCAGAGCAAUAUUGACGCCCUUCUCGCUGCCAUCGCCGGCACCGCCUCCAAAGCGGGGCCCCAUAUCUCCCCGCAAUACGCCCCGACUAUUUACACUCGUCUAUGCCGACUCAUGGGCGUGAUACUCGGUCUCCAGCGCCUGAAGAUCGGCGGCCGCUUCCACCUUGUGGUCAACGCCAUGCAGCGGCUGCUGGGCUGCCUGUUCGCCCGCUCCCGCAAACGCGCGCGCUCCUUCCGACCCCAGGCCGUUCUGUCGCAGCCUUUCUGGCUCGCCCCACUCCUCGCCUCCCACGCAUCGCACUACACCCGUCUGCUCACUUCCCUUUGUGAUCCUACUGUCUCGGCUGUGAUGCGACCCCAAUCCUCGGCCCCGCGUGACGCCCUGACUGAUCAAACCAAGAAGGCCAAGAGAAUUGCCGGCCAGUAUCUGCAGUAUAUCGUCAUGGAUUACGCCCAGUACUCGCUGCGCGGAUCCCUCACCCCAGACGUCAAGGCCGCCAUUAUGCCCGGUCUCUAUGCCGCCCUGGACGUCAUGUCGCGCGAUUCCAUGCGUGCUCUCAAUGCCGCGCUCGAUGUCUCUAGCCGCGCGGUAUUCAAGUCACUCUACGACGACUACGUCAAGUUUGGUCGGUGGAACAAGGCGUGA